AAUGCAAUGUAGCUAUAAGAAAAGGUAAGAGAUAUUCGAAUAAAGUAUUUUUGGCGAAAAGUACGGGAAAUUUCUAAAAUGUUUGACGAAGAUCAAAUUCAAGCCUUUAAUUUAAUCAAGGAUGGCCACAAUCUAAUUGUAAGUGGACAAGCCGGAGCUGGCAAAACAUUCCUUAUUAAAAAAGCUGUUAAAUAUUUAAGAAAACAUCAAAGAAAGGCAGAAAUCGUGUGUUCUACUGGCAUUGCUGCUACACAUUUUUCCGACUUGGGAGCACAAACCUUACAUCGAUGGGCAGGAAUUGAAGAUGGUAGGCAUAUGAAUCAAAACUUACUGCAUCUCAUUGAAACAGAUGAAAGAUUUAUUUCUGUUAAGACGAAUUUUCUCAAUGUUGAUGUUCUUUUUAUAGACGAAAUUUCUAUGAUUAGUUCCAAAGUUCUUUCUCAAGUGGAAUUUUUAAUUAGAAAUGUGAGGAAAUCAAAUCAAUACUUUGGUGGUGCUCAAAUUGUAUUAGUAGGGGAUUUUUACCAGCUUCCCCCUGUACCAAAUGAACUUUUAGGUGAUCCUGGAAACCAUUGUUUUAGAAUUAGUUGGUUUAAUGACUGUUUUCCUCAUCAAAUUAUUUUACAUUUGAUCCAUCGUCAAAGCGACCAUACUCUUAUUAAAUGCAUUAAUGAAUUGGAAAUUGGCAAUCCGUCAGAUGAGACUUUAGCAUUUUUAAACUCACUGAAUAGACCCACUGAAAAUGAACAUAAUGCUGUGCAACUUUUUGCCAGGAAUUUAGAUGUUGACUUAUUUAAUUAUAACAAAUUGCAGUCAAUCCCAGGAGAUUUAAAAGUAUACAAUGCAAUAGAUCAAGGGUCUGAACAUUAUUUAAACAAGAUGUUAGCUCCAAAAAAUCUAGGAAUUAAAAAUGAUUGUAGUAUUAUGUUGGUAAAGAACCUUAGUGAAUCCUUAGUAAAUGGUUUACGUGGAAAAGUUACUAAAUUAUAUGCCAAAUCUGUUGAUGUUGAAUUUAUGAUAGAUGAUAAGUCUGUAACUACUAAUGUAACAGCAACAGACUUUACUGUGUUUGACCCGGUUGAUAAAACUGUUUUAGCAAAGCGAACUCAGCUACCAUUAAAAUUAGCAUAUGCCAUGACUAUACACAAGGCACAGGGAAUGACUUUGAAAAAUUUAGUAGUAAAUUGUGAAAAUUCCAGUCAACCUGGUCAAGUAGGGGUUGCUGUCGGAAGAGCAGAAAGUGUUGAAGGACUUCGAGUAUUAAACUUUAAAAAAGUAUUAUGUAAGAAACAUCCUGUCCAUGUGACAAACUUUUAUAGCAGUUUCACAUUAGGUAUCAUUUACAAGGACUUGACAUGCUGCCGAGGUAAAAAAGAUACUAAAUCUGUUGAGGAUCAUGAUGAUUCACCUCCUGCUCCACCAGAUACUAGCGUUUGUGUUAAUGAGUAUGCAGACUCAGAUUUUUCGGACAGUGAAAUAGAACAUUUGGAUUUUCUAGAUUCCUUCAUUGCAGAUAACGUAUUAACUGAAGGACAAGCAUGCUCUCCGUCAAAAUUGGCUUUAGACAAAAUAAUUACUGAGUUCAUUGACACUCCCCUUGAAAAUGACAUUUUAUUAUUCCAAAAAUUAAUUUUAUGUAAUUAUGAACACUUUGAUGAAUGGUUUGAACUACAAAAUUCACUUAUUGAAGAUAUUGGACUAAACUGUUUUCCUGAAGGGAGUUUAAAAUAUUCUGCUAAAUUUCAGAAUGACUUCUUUGUAAAAUUUAACAUGUAUAUCACAUCAGAUGAUUAUAAAGAAAUUACAUUAAAACUACUUACAAAGUAUGGAUUGAGUGCAAAUGGGCCCUACUAUCAGUGUUUGACAUCUAUUCUAUUUUAUCUUGAAAAUAAACUGUUUAAGACUUUGUCCACUCAUCUCCAGCUUCAACCUCCUGAACAUUUACCAAAACUGACUGUUGAUGAUGGCUUAUGUGGAGCUGCAAGAGGCAAAAUUAGAUAUGUUAGUGGUUAUGUUAUAGCAAAACUGAAGCAUAAAAUGUCUGUAAAAAUUAGAAAUGCAAUUUUUUCUGAAGGAAUGGAAUCUAAAAUAACUAAAUUACAAAUGCAGUUAAAUUUGUUUAAUUCCCUAUCAACAUCUUACAAUGAACUUCAGCUUAACUCAAGUGAUGUUGAGAGUUUAGAUGAAACUAAAAGAAAACAAAAUUUGAGAGAAGGUUUAACCAAUAUAACUGACAAUGCCUUCACUUUUUUCACUAAAUUAGAACUUUUGUGUAGAAACAGCCUUACACAUGGCAGUCUUGUUCAGCAUGGAAAAUACCUGUUUAGUAAUGUGAAAGAACAAAUUAUUAAAGAUAAAGACCUGUUUGAACUUUGGAGUAUAACACUAACAAAAGCUAGAUCUUCGUCAGAAGGUGAAAAUGAAUGUGACAUUAUUGAAACUUUGUCUUCAUUAGUACAACAAUGUGUGGAGUAUAUUGAAAUUUUUAAUGCGGUUGUGGAUUUAUUCAUAAAAGUUGCAUUUAGUCAAUUUCGUCGAGAUUAUCUUCAGUUUCUGAAGAAAGAGAAAGGAAAAGCCCUAAGGAAAAAGGUCAUGGAGAAAUCUAAAAAAUCUGUCAAAGCUUUUAAUAUGCAGUUCUUUCAAGAUGAUAAAUCAGAUGGAAAAACAGUUUCCCACCUUCGUCUAAAAUCUGAACUUGUAGCAAACUCAAAUUUUUUAACAGAAAAGAGUUUUACUAAAAAGGAUUUGCUUUUGUUAUGCAAAAUUUAUAAUGUCACAGUGUCUUCGUCCAAAAAGAAGAAUGAAAUAAGUUCUUUGCUUAGCAAUGUCAUUUUAAAUAGUGAUAGCAUACCUUGUGAGGUUAAUGAAAGUGACAUCAGACCAUCUCUAAUACUGGAUAUGUUGAUACCAGGACCAUCCAUUGUAGAUGAUCAAACACCAGGACCUAGCACUGACAACAUGACUGAAACACCACACUCUCCUUCUAACACUUCAGCCACACAUACAUGUACAUUUAAUUCUGAUUCUUGUUCUGAGGCUUCAGUACUCCAACCUAUAACAAAACAAUCGAGAAAAAGAAAAUCAGUUGGAAAAAGCAAGGGAAAAGGAAAGGGUAAGGGAAAAGGAAAGGGAAAAGUGAAAAAAGUUACAUUUGAACAUGACGAAUCAGAUGAUAAAUGUGCUAUUUGUAAUCUUGCAUACAGGGAAGGAGAAGAUUGGAUUUGCUGUGAUGUUUGUGGGUUGUGGUUUCACAGAAAUUGUGUAAAUCUACAAGAUGAGACUGAGUGGACUGAUUACACAGAAGAUGGUGAAAAGUUUACUUGUCCCCUUUGUCAGUAA